AAUUCUUCCUUCUUCCCUAGCAAUUAGAAUACACAUUCCGAAUGAACAGUACGUGUAAGUUCCACUCUAAAUCCUCCCUUUACAAACUUCCCAAAUGCCAUCAAACCCAUCCCUUAAAAGUUCCAAACAGUAUCAUACUUACCAAACCCAAGCAAUAUACAAGCCCUUCUCAGAAAUAACACACACAUCUCUCCACCACGCAUUAACCGAACACAAACUCUCUCUUCCAGAACCAGACAUCAGCCAUAUAAUGAAAGCCUACAAUUCACUCACCAUGUUCCCAGACGUAACAUCUGGACUUGAAAAUUUAGCGAAAGAUACACAGAUUAUCGCAUAUGUAUUUUCAAACGGUACGCAUGAAAUGCUAUCUGAAUCUGUCAAUAAAUCGCCCGAGCUUUCAGGAUACGCGCAGCUUUUUAAGGAGCUCAUUACGGUGGAUGAGGUAGAAUGCUAUAAACCCCAUCCGAGAGUUUAUGAACAUCUUGUUAGGAAGGUGAGAGGUGAUGUUUGUAGAGAUGAUUGCGGGGAGUAAUCAUUAGUAAUGGGAAUGGAAAGAACAAGAAGUACUAGGUAGUAAUGAUAUAAAACGAAGGUCAAGACGGACUGGUGUGAAGAGAGGAGGAAAGGCAAAAGGUAGCAUAGCUAAUGAACCAUUUGUACUGUACAGUAGAUACAACAUAGUAACAUCAAUCUCCUCAAAAUCUAUCUCAUUUAUCUUC